UCACGUCUUCCGGCACACGUCGUACGCGGAUGUGAGUGUAGCAGGGCUUUGAUGACUGACUAGAGUGAUUUCCCCGAGCUCUGCUUCAGCUGCGCGUCUCUGCACCGAUCAGGAGCCGUGGUCCCCCGCGAGAGAAGAGCGAUGGGCUUCCGAAAGAAGAGCAAGAGUCCUCCCGUGCUUAGCCACGAGUUCGUGCUCCAGAAUCACGCGGAUAUGGUGUCGUGUGUGGCCAUGGUCAUCUUGCUGGGACUCAUGUUCGAGGUGACAGCAAAAUUUGCAAUUAUGUUCAUCACGGUCCAGUAUAAUGUCACGCAGAGCCUGGACACAGAUGCAGAGGAUAAGCCUGAGUCUGUCAACUACUACAAAUACGGUCCCAAGGACAUGGCCACGGUCUUCUUUUACCUGCUCAUUGCCAUAAUCCUUCAUGCCCUGAUUCAAGAGUACAUACUCGACAAAAUCAAUCGUCGGCUGCACUUGUCCAAAACGAAGCACAGCAAGUUCAACGAGUCGGGACAGCUGGCCACCUUCUACUUGUUCUCCUUCGUUUGGGGCUGCAGCAUCCUCACCAAUGAGGAGUUUGUGACAAAUCCCACUUUUCUUUGGGAAGGUUAUCCUCAUAUCCACAUGGCUUUCCAAGUGAAGUUUUUCUACGUCUGUCAGAUUGCAUACUGGCUCCAUGCUCUUCCUGAGCUGUAUUUCCAGAAAGUACGAAAGGAGGACAUUCCACGUCAACUUUACUACAUCUGCCUUUAUAUAUUUCACAUCACUGGUGCCUACGUCCUUAAUCUCCACCGUCUGGGUCUGGUUCUUCUGGUGCCACAUUAUCUGGUGGAGCUGCUCUUCCACGCCUCAAGACUCUUCUACUUCAGUGAUGAAAACAAGCAGAAGGGGUUCACGCUCUGGGCUCUGCUGUUUGUCAUCACACGGCUCCUGACGCUCACUGUUUCUGUCCUGACGUUUGGUUUUGGCCUGUCCCGCACUGAUAAUCAGGGAUUCUCUUUAGCAGAAGGAAACUUUAAUGUGCUGACUGUCAGGAUGACAUGCCUGUCAGCCAUCUGCCUGACCCAGGCCUGGAUGAUGUGGAAAUUCAUCAAUUUCCAGCUGAAGAAGUGGAGAGAACAAUCUCAAAUCCAAGCCAGCAAGAAGAAAGCUGUCGGCCAGAAAAGCAGACCCAGCAAGAAGGACUCUCGGGGGGGUUCAGUCAAUGGAGUCUUGAAACCAGAUGACAAGACAUCACCAAGAGCAAGAAAAGCGAAAGCCUCGUAAGAGGAAACCGAGAGCAGGUGCCCAAAAUGUGAUGCUCUGUUUCUACUCUGAACUUUAGAAAAGAAACAGAUUUGAUAACCGCAAAAAGAACCACAGGAACAAACUAAAGAACUUAGUUUUACGGCAUGGUUCAGGUUUUAUUUGUCUCCUGUUUUUCCUGUCUGCAUCUUUAAAAUGAACUCUAGAUUUAUAAUCAAUCAUUAUAUCCAUAUGCUUGUGACUUUUAGCAA